AUGGCGCCUCGACAGGGAGGCUACCUUCGCGUCCCCGGACAAGAAGAGGACGCUCCUCAGCGGCAGCCCCGCCGCUCCGGCUCCGCCGGCCGGGGACGGAAACCGUUGCCGAGCGAGAAGCCGCUCCCGGCUCUCCCGCCGCCGACGCCCACCCAUACGGCGGGCUUCGUCGACGUCGACCUCAACGGCGGCAUCGCCAACACGCCCAGCCGCUGCCGCCGCGCCACCAUUGUCAUCGUCCUCGCCCUCGCCGUCGUGGGCUGCAUGCUCGCCUUCGUCGUCCUGGGCUUCGCGUGGGACAAUGGCGGCGUGCGGAGGGGCCCCGGCGCGCUGGACGGCCUGAAGAACCUGGACGACUGCCCGUGCAGGCCGGACGACGACGUGCCGCAGUACUUCCGGACGAGCCCCGAGCUGUGGGCCGGUCCGACGGCGACGGGGAAGCCUGCCUUUAUGGCGCAGACAAGGGUCCUGCCGACGGGGACGUUUGUGCCGAACCAGCCGCUGCAGACCGACAUCCCGAUCGAGGGGAUGGGGAGCAAGAACGAGAGCAUCUUCAACAUGAUGGGGUAUCUCACGCCGUACCAGCCGAGUCCCGGGUUCGGAGUGGACGAGUAUGCAAUGCCAGCUGGGGCGGAGAUUGUCCAGGUUCAGGUACGCUUGCGAUGA